AUGGACCAGCCAGAGGCCCCCUGCUCCAGCGAGCAGGCCCGCGCGGCCGCCGCCCGCGAGCUGCUCCUGGCGGCGCUGGAGGACCUGAGCCAGGAGCAGCUGAAGCGCUUCCGCCACAAGCUGCGCGACGCGCCGCGGGACGGGCGCAGCAUCCCGUGGGGGCGGCUGGAGCGCGCGGACGUCGUGGACCUGGCCGAGCAGCUGACCCACUUCUACGGCCCGGAGCCCGCGCUGGAGGUGGCGCGCAAGACGCUGAAGAGGGCGGACAUCCGCGACGUGGCGGCGCAGCUCAAGGAGCAGCGGCUGCAGCGGCUCGGCCCCAGCUCCUCGGCGCUGCUCUCCGUGUCCGAAUACAAGAAGACGUACCGGGAGCACGUGCUGCGGCAGCACGCCAAGGUCAAGGAGCGCAACGCCCGCUCCGUGAAGAUCAACAAGCGCUUCACCAAGCUGCUCAUCGCGCCCGAGAGCGCCGCCCUGGCGCCCGAGGCCCUGGGGCCCGCGGAGGCGCCCGAGCCCGAGCGCGCCCGGCGCUCCGACACCCACACUUUCAACCGCCUGUUCGGCCACGACGAGGAGGGCCAGCGGCCGCUGACCGUGGUGCUGCAGGGCCCGGCGGGCAUCGGCAAGACCAUGGCGGCCAAGAAAAUCUUGUACGACUGGGCGGCGGGCAAGCUGUACCACGGCCAGGUGGACUUCGCCUUCUUCCUGCCGUGCGGGGAGCUGCUGGAGCGGCCGGGCGCCUGCAGCCUGGCCGACCUGGUCCUGGAGCAGUGCCCGGGCCGCAGCGCCCCCGUGCGGCAGAUGCUCGCCGACUCCGAGCGGCUGCUCUUCAUCCUGGACGGCGCGGACGAGCUGCCGGCGCCGGGGCCCGCCGAGACGGCGGCCUGCACGGACCCCUUCGAGGCGGCCGGCGCCGCGCGGGUGCUGGGCAGCCUCCUGAGCAAGGCGCUGCUGCCCCAGGCCCGCCUGCUGGUGACCUCGCGCCCCGCCGCGCCGGGCCGGCUGCAGGGCCGCCUGCGCUCCCCGCAGUGCGCCGAGGUGCGCGGCUUCUCGGACAAGGACAAGAAGAAGUACUUCUACAAGUUCUUCCAGGACGAGUGGCGGGCCGAGCGCGCCUACCGCUUCGUGAAGGAGAACGAGACGCUGUUCGCGCUGUGCUUCGUGCCCUUCGUGUGCUGGAUCGUGUGCACCGUCCUGCGCCGGCAGCUGGAGCUGGGCCAGGACCUGUCGCGCACCUCCAAGACCACCACGUCCGUGUACCUGCUGUUCGUCGUCAGCUUCCUGAGCUCGGGGCCCGCCGCCGACAGGCCGCAGGUGCAGGGCGAGCUGCGCCAGCUGUGCCGCCUGGCCCGCGGGGGCGUCCUGGGGCGCAGGGCGCAGUUCACCGAGAUGGAUCUGGAGAGGCUGCAGCUGAGCGGCUCCAAAGUCCAGACGCUGUUUCUCGUCAAGAAAGAGCUCCCGGGCGUGCUGCAGACCGAGGUGGCCUACCAGUUCAUCGACCAGAGCUUCCAGCAGUUCUUCGCGGCGCUGUCCUACCUGCUGGAGGAGGCGGGGCCCGGGGCGCCGGCGGGCGGGGUGGGGGAGCUCCUGCGCGCGGGCCUGGCGCUCACCACCCGCUUCCUCUUCGGGCUGCUGAGCGCCGAGCACGUGCGUGACAUCCAGCGCCACUUCGGCUGCGUGGUGUCCGAGCGCGUGAAGCAGGAUGUGCUGCGGUGGGUGCAGGACCAGGGCCAGGGCCAGGGCCAGGGGCGCCCUCCCGCGGCGGCGGCGGCGGCGGAGGAGUCCGAGGAGCUGAAGGACGCGGAGGGGUCCGAGGAGCUGAAGGACGCGGAGGGGUCCGAGGAGGAAGGGGUGGAGGUGGAGGAAGAGGAGGAAGAGGAGGAGGAGGAGGAGGAGGAGUUCAGCUUCCCGCGGGAGCUGCUGUACUGCCUGCACGAGUCGCAGGAGGCGGCCUUCGUGCGCCAGGCCCUGCGGUCCCUCCCGGAGCUGGCGCUGGAGCGCUGGAGCCUCAGCCACAUGGACGUGGCCGUGCUGAGCUACUGCGUGCGGUGCUGCCCCGCCGGCCAGGCGCUGCGGCUGGUGGGCUGUGCGCUGCCCGCCCCGCAGAAGAAGAAGAAGAAAAGCCUGAUGAAGCGGCUGCAGAACAGCCUGAGCGGCAGCCCCUCUCAGGCCACCGCGAGGAAACCCCAGGCGUCCUCACUGCGCCCUCUCUGCGAGGCCAUCACCGACCAGCAGUGUGGUCUGACCAGCCUGACGCUGGCCCGCUGCAGACUCCCCGACGCCGCGUGCCACGACCUGGCCCAGGCCCUGAAGGCCGCCCCCGCCCUGACGGAGCUGCGCCUCCUGCACAACGGGCUCAGCCAGGCGGGGCUGCGGGCGCUGAGCGAGGGCCUGGCCUGGCCCGGGUGCCGGGUGCAGACACUCAGGCUGCAGCAGCCCGGCCUGCAGGAGGCCCUCCAGUACCUGGCCGGCGUGCUCCAGCACAGCCCCGCCCUCACCACCCUGGACCUCAGUGGCUGCCAGCUGUCGGGACCCGUGGUGACCGGCCUGUGUGCGGCCCUGCAGCAGCCCGGGUGCCGCCUGCAGACCCUCAGCCUGAGCUCCGUGGAGCUGAGCGAGUCAUCGCUGGAGGAGCUGCAGGCCGUGAGGACAGCGAGGCCAGGCCUGGUCAUCACGCACUCGGCGCUGGACAGCCACCCCGCGCCUCCCAAGGGACUCAGCACGUCCUUGUAG